UGUUACAAGUUUGCACCCACUGACUGCCCUGUGCUGGUCUCCACAGCCACCCACUUGUACGUCAGGAGGGAAGCCAGUGUAUUUCCUCCCGUUCUUUAUCUAAAGGAAGUGCCAAAAUAAGCAUCAGCAGCGGAGCGCCCCGAGCACCUUUUCCACUGGCCACUCAGUUGGAGUCCGAGGAAGAAGUCGGAGGAGUUUGCGGCCGUGGAAUCACCAUGAAGACCAUCAGGGUUCUUGUCCUCCUCCUGCUAGCGUCUGUCCAUGUCUUCACACCAGUUUCAUCAGAUGACACAGUUGCGCCGUUAACAACACCAGACCCAAAGUUGACAACAUCAUCUGCAGCAUCAGUAAAAACCCCAACAGCAGCCCAAAAUGCAACCUCAACAGUAGUCCCAAAUGCAACACCAACAGUAGCAACAGCAGCGCCAGCACCAGCACCAGCAGCAUCAACAGUGCCAGCAGCAACAACACCAGCACCAGCACAAGCAUCAACAACACUAGCCCAUGUACCCUCCACUGCUACUCGUGAUGCCAACAGCAAACCCAAUGGAGCCGGAGAACGUCAGGUUUCAACCCCAGCUCCUACGAUGACUGCCUCAACUACAGCAGCAUCUGCAGACCAAAAGGUUGCGACCUCUACAUCUCUAGUUGUCACCCAGACGGACGCUGAGAAAAAUGACAGUCUGCGACCAAGAUCUCAUGGACAACAAUUAAGCCUUCCUGACCCAGAAAACAGCUCUUUGGUCGAGACAACUGAGCCUCGAGGUACAAUUAGUCCUCCUCCUGCCCCAAGUGGGCCUAAAGCACCAAAUCAAAUCAUUCCAUCUCCAGGGACGCCACAACAGCCGGGUAUAAAGAACAAUGACACGAAAGGUGCUGGUCCUCAGACUGGCAAUGAUGAGAAGGUACCCCCCAAAUCAGACAAAAGACUGUGGUGGAUUGUGCUGCCGGCCCUCCUGGUUGCAGGUGCUGCUGCCAUCGUCCUCAAAUUCAAAUGCAAGAAGAUGCACGAUCACACAGAAACCAUUGAUAAUGGAACUGAGAACGCAUCUUUCCAGAGCAGAACCGAAACCUCCAAAGAUGGUGUCAUGCUCCUCGGAGUGAAGUCAUCAGCUGGGGAACAAAAUGCUGCUGCAAGAUAAAAAGAAGAAAAAAAGUGGCAGCAGCAUCCAGAAUGAGUCACACCUGUCGCCCACGCACUGAUGAUCUGGAGGAACCGUUUAGAUGUUUGAUUUUGUGAAUUUUGUAGCAGAUGAUUCUGUAUGCUAAAAGCAGUUUUGUUUGUGACUGUGAUCAUAAAUCUCAGAGUAAGUGAACAUUUAUUUUCAACCACAACAUGUUCCUACGGACUUAAUACAGUCAAUGUUUGAAUUGAUAGCUACUGUAAGCAGAUAAAACACUGCCUGUGGAAUAUAGUAAAUGAACUUAGUCUUUAUUUCAGUAUACUGUUGACAAAAACACACCUAAAUACAGCUCAUUUCUGUCUAUAUGUUGGGCCACAAAACACAUCUUCUGCACAGUGCACUGACCUCACGUCCAUCACUUAUUUGAUGUAAUGAAUCAUUGUUCAUUUCAUGGUUUUAUAAUUAUCCUUUGGUUAUGUUCGUACCCGUCAUUUAUGUGCUUUGAACUAUUUUGUGAUGUUUUUGGGUUGUUGUUGUUUUUUUUUGCGUGUCAUUCAAUUUCACCAAUAGAUGGUAUAAGAACAGGCUCUUUUGAGGUGUACUCAUUUUUACUUUUCAUGUAUCUCUGUAAAGUAUUUCUAAAAAAAGGUUGUUAAAUAUUCCACCAGGCUUGUACACUGGAAUCGUUUUUGCUGAAGGAGGUUUUGCAGUAAUGGUGGUUUUUAAUUGUUUCAGUAAAUAUAACAUUCAAGCACAAAGAAUAAGUAAAGCAGAUGAUGGGGAUUGUAUUUAAAGACACUGGAACUGCUUUAUGGCUGGAAUUUGUUGCUCUCAACCUCAAUUUCCUCAAUAAAUCACUAGAAAACA